UAUCAUCAUAGGUUUUAUUAUGAGUAUUGAAUCUUUCUGUAAAGACCUUGGAAGAGAUUGUGAAGUUUUCAGCAAGGGUUUGUUAUAUGGUUUUCAAUAUGGGGCUACAGAAGCUAAAAAGCUAGAAUAUAAUAAUGAUGCUUCUUAUGAAGCAAAUCACGGAUUAGAAGGGCUACCCAAACUGACAGAUAACGCAAUAUACCCUGCAACUGAUCCUACAGUUUAUAUACCCAAUGAAGAUCCUCAUUUGAUAUAAGUAUACCUUAUUAAUAAAUAAUCGGAGGUUUUAUUGUGGGUAUUGCAUCUUUUUUUGAAGAGCGUGGUAGGGAAUUUUUAAAUCUUAGCAAGUGGAUAAGGUUUAAACGCGGAGCUGAGGAGAUUUUAGAGUCUACUUCUUAUGUAGCAGGUAAUUCUAUUGAAAACACAAUAACCGAAAUUCCUGCAGCAGAAGGUAUAUCAGAAUACACUGUAGAUUAUAACGCACCCGAAGCUCAUAUGGUAAUAUAAUAUUAAUUAAGUUUACAAAGACUGUACAACUACAGUCUUUUAUAUCUUUAUUUAUAUCUUACUUUAAGAAAAUUCUCUAUAAUAUAGAGCAUAGUAUUAACCAGAUAUUUUGGUGGGCAAAAUUUUUUCUAUCAGCACAGACGACUCCUUUUUUGAUGUGCUGGCACAACAUGUAUUUUCUGAGUAUAGCACAGAAGAAAUAUCUGAAUUGAAGAUAAUCAUUCCUUGCAAAGCAGAUGUAAUAGCACUACUGAACGCAUUCAAAAAUUGUAGUUCUAAAGGGUGUAUAAUUCUACCAGAAAUUAUCUCAUUGGAGAAUAUCGAUGAAGAAGAUUUAAUAUUAAACCUCGAUAAAAUUGAAGUAAUCAACCCCACAAAGCGAAUACUUUUGCUGAUUGAGUUUAUAUUAAAGUGGAACGAGGAAAAUAACG